CUCUGUUUGGAACAUUGUUACCCAUUGUAUUGUAUUGUAUUGUUACCACAAAAACAAUGUUUGUUUUGAUUGUUAUUUAAAAUGUAUUGUAUCGUAUUGUUAAAUUCUGUCGUUACGUAACAAUGAAAAGCCCCAUUUUAUGUAACAACCGAGUUGGUGUUAUCCCAUUGUUAUCUAAUUUCUUUUUCCAAUUAUGUCCUUACUUAAUACUUCAUAAUCCUAUUUUACCCUUUACCUUAUAUUAUUUAACUCCACCCAAAAAUCCUAUACCCUACUACUUCUACGUAACUCUGUCUCCUUCUAGGUUUGGCUCCCUACGUCUUCUUCCUUCUGUUUAUCUGCUCCCUAUACGUCUUCUUCCUUCUUUUAUCUCCUUCUACUUUUUUUCUUUAUUGUCCUGCUCCCUCUUUCUUCUUCCUUCUUUUAAUUUUAUAUGUUUGCUUUUUGCUCAGGACUCUGUGCCAUAGUUUCAAAGUUACAGGUAAGCUAAUUCCAUUCUACUUAUUCCAUUCUGCCAUAUGUUUGCUUUUUGCUCAGGACUCUGCCAUAAUUUCAUUAAUUUGCUUGCUUUCUUGUUUUAUUUUUUUGCAUAGAAUAUUUUGCUUAUUUGCUGUGCUUUCCCAUGCUUCUGUUAAACCAUGACUCUAGAAUUGUGUAAUACACCUAUAUGUGAAUGCUGGUUUACUUUGUGGAAAUUUCUCAUAUUGUUCAUGUUGAGUUAAAUGCCAAUCUGAAAUUUUACUUGUUGAUGCUGCUUGUUCAUUGUUCAUCUAUGUGAACAAUGUGUUUCUUUUUAAAAACCGAAAAAAAUCGAAAAACCCAAAUAACUGAAAAAACUGAUAAAAACCAAAACGAUAAGCUAGAGUACAUGAUUUCUAUGAACAUGUUGUUGCCUCCUCGAAUAAAGGCAUUUUUACGUAACACAUGUUUAUAUUCAUAUUUAUUUUAGCAUCUUACGUAGUUUAAUUAGUUGAUGCAUCUCACUUAAUUUUAUUAUAGAUGGUGAUCGAAUAAUCAAGAUAAUAGGCAAAUAUUGGGACAAGUGAGCUCUUUAGCAUCAUAUCUUGCUCUCUUAGCAUUUAUUUGGUUUUGGAAUUAUGCAUGUGAAAUUGAAAAUGAUCGACAUACGAUCACACAUGCCAUACGCCUUGAAAGAGAGCAAGUUAGAGAUGAACUAUUGAGUCAUCUAUUUUCUUCAGAACUUUGUCGUAAUAUUUUAAGAAUGACCCCUUCGGCUUUUACCGGUCUCUGUGAGAUGUUAGUUAGAGAUGGAGGUCUUAGACCAACACUUCGAGCUACAGUUGAAGAACAGAGUUGCGAAAACACUUUACCUGUUAGCACAUAAUGUGACAAAUCGCGAACUAUCUUUCAUCUUUCGACGAUCGGGGGAGUCGGUCAGUCGUCAUUUUCAUGUUGUCCUACGAGCUAUAUUGGGGCUAUAUGAAAUAUUUAUUAAACAACCUGAUGGAUCCCAAGUUCCUUCUGAAAUUGCCAGCAACCAAAGAUUCUACCCAUAUUUUAAGGAUUGUAUUGGUGCAAUUGAUGGAACACACGUACGUGUUAAAGUUUCACAAAGUGAAGCACCAAAAUACCGUGGGAGGAAAGAUUAUCCAACACAGAAUGUAUUAGCUGCAUGCUCAUUUGAUUUAAAGUUCACAUAUGUGUUAGCUGGGUGGGAAGGUACAGCAUCUGAUUCAAGAAUUAUGAAAGAAGCACUAAAUAGACAAGACCCAUUAAAAAUUCCAGAAGGUAAACGUUAUAUAAAUUUGUCUAGACAUAGAUAUACGUGAUGAACAAAUAAUUGAAUCUUUUAUUUAUUUAUGUUUAGGAAAAUACUACCUUGUUGAUCUGGACUCAUGUUAAGAAGUGGGCUUAUUACACCUUAUCGGGGGGAGCGAUAUCACUUGAAAGAGUAUUCAAGAAAUCCACCUCGAAAUGCUCGUGAAUUAUUUAAUUUGCGACACGCUUCUUUGCGUAAUGCUAUCGAACGAGCAUUUGGAGUUCUUAAAAAGAGAUUUCCUAUAAUUUCUAGUUCAACGGAGUCCUCAUAUGGUAUUGACACCCAAAAGCUUAUUAUCUUUGCAUGUUGUAUUUUGCACAACUACUUAAGAGGUGUAGAUCCAAAUGAUGAGUUACUUGCUCAAGUUGAUGCAGAGCUUAUGAAUGAUAAUGAUGUGCAUGAAGAACUUCCAAAUCAUCCUAGGGAGCACUGAGGAAUAUAGAAGA